GGAAUCGCAUUCACUUUCCAAACUCGGAAACUUACUUGUCAAUCUUUCCGAAAAAAGUUAGUCAUCUUCUUAAACAAAAUGAACGCUAAAUUGAUCUUCGUCACUUUUUACCUGGUUGGGAGUGCCUUGUCCCAAUCCGCGCAGCCCGUCCAGCCCGUCAGUUCGGAUAACAACAAUUCCAAUAACGGGAAAUCGGAGGGGGCUUAUCCAACUUAUGUCGGUGGUUAUCGGACCUCCAGCCAUCCCAUUGGAGGAUCCUCUUCCCCAAGUGUGAACUACCAGCCAAGCAGCCAACAACGUGAGACGUAUCCUGCCACCACCUCCUCCUUCUCACGUGACUCGUACGGCACCAGCAGGGACGCUUCUGGGGGUGGAAAUCCCAUCUUUGGCGUCUCCAGUGACGCCAACUUCCAACUUUCUGCCUACUUUGGUCAAAUUUUCUGGGGUUUCGUCACCGUCUCCGUGACGCUCGUGGUGGCCAUUUGGGUUAUCCGAUUCUUCUCCGGGACCGACGUGGUUGGCGGGUUUUUCAACAAAAUUAAGGACUCGUCCGCCACCGGGAAGUCCCUCGACCUUGACGGCGUCACAAAUAUGGUGUACGACGCGUUGGAGAGUUAUGGAAAAUGGGCGGCGAAAGAGGUUCGUCACGCGGUGGAUGUCAAUUCCAAGGGGCGAUAUUAAUUUAUUAAAUUGUGGUU